AUGAUGAACCCCUGUGUAAUACCCGAACCGGCAGAAGAUACUGUUGGAGAUGGCAGGUGGAUGUCUAUGCAUAAUCGAUAUAUUCAAGAAGCAAAAACCAGCGAAUCGGAAGUUCUUUUCAUAGGUGAUUCUAUCAUUCAGCAGCUGCAGUUUAGCACAUUAUGGUCUGAAAAAAUUAGUGCCUUACAUUGUAUAAAUUUUGGAAUUGGAGGUGACAGGGUUGAAAACGUUCUAUGGCGAGUGAGGAAUGGCGAACUGGAUUUCAACACCAGAAUUAAGGCUGUUGUAUUAUUCGUAGGAACAAAUAACUUGGACUGUACUCCCCACGAAAUUUUCGAGGGAAUUUUGGAAAUCAUCAAAGAGAUCAAGAGUAGACUGGGAAAUGUAGCAAUAAUUCUGCCGACGUUACUUCCGAAAGGACAGUACCCGAAUCCUUACAGAGACAGAAACGACCACGUGAACACCUUUCUGCUGGACAAAUUCUUCAACGAAGCCAACGUAGACGAGGUCACAGAAAAUGUUCACGUGGUAGUGAUAGACGACCACAUCAUCGGCAACGAUCAAACCAUAUCGCAUCACAUCAUGCACGACUAUUUGCAUCUGACGAAUAGCGGGUACACCAAAGUGUUCGGGAGAGUUUAUGAAAAGUUGUGCGAAAUUCUCAAAGUCACUUCUCGAAAAUGACAUCAGUGGCGGCUCGUGCUCCUUUCAGCAGGGGAGGCUGAAUGAGAAGUGUGAAUGUAAAACUGACGACACAUAA